UAUGCUAAAUAACGACCCCUGUUUUUAAGUUUGUUCCAAGAUGUGAAGCAGAGAGAUUUGUCUGGAUUAUUGAAACCUCUUCCAUUGAAGCUUCAGCAGAAGGCUUUUGAGAAUGUAUACCUCAGAGUGCAAGAAGGAAUGAGAGAUCUGGCACAGGCAAAUGAUGAUGAUGAUCUUCUGGACAAGGAAUGUAAUAGAAAAGCUGUUCUGUUGACGCUGAUAACUAUGGUUUUAUGCUGCAGUCCUGUGUGUGAAAAGCAGGCUUUGUUUGCUAUUUGCCAGUCUGUAAAAGAGAAUGGAUUAGAAGCUCAGCUCAUUAAAAAGGUUUUGGAAAGAGUGUCUGACAUUUUUGGCUAUAGAAGUAUAGAAGACUUCAUGAAUUCCCACUUAGACUAUCUGGUGCUGGAGUGGCUGAGAAUGAAAGAUAGUGGGUACACCCUAUCUGCUUUUCCUUAUGUUCUUCUGAACUACUCUAGCCUGGAGGAGUUCUACAAGUCUUGUUAUAAAGUUCUGGUUCCACACCUGGUCAUUAGAAGUCAAUUUGAAGAUGUGAAAUCCAUAGCGAACAGAAUUGAAAAAGACUGGAGGAACAUUCUUUCAGACUGCUUUCCAAAGAUACUUGUAAAUAUUCUGCCGUAUUUUGCCUAUCAGAGCAAUGGAGACAGUGAAAUAGUACAGCAAAGAGAGACAGCUUGUAAAGUUUAUGACAUGCUUACUGAUGAAGACUGCUUAGGCAAACAGCAAAUUGACAAUUUGUCUCACAGUAACUUUCCAGAGAUUGUGCUAGAGCUGUUGAUGACCUUACAUGAGCCAGCCAACACUGAGGCAGGAGAAGGAUCUCACUUAAGUAAAUUUACAGGGGACCUGGACCCUGCUCCUAAUCCUCCUCAUUUUCCAUCUUAUGUGAUCAAGGCAACCUUGGAUUAUAUUAGCAGUUGUCAUAAAGCCAAGUUAAAAAGUCUUGUAGCUGUUCUUUCUAAAAAUCCUGAUUCGUUCCAGAAAAUCCUACUAGCCAUAUGCAAACAGGCAACUGAUACAAACAAUAUUUACAAAAAACACAGAGUUCUUAUUAUUUAUCACUUGUUUGUUAAUUUGUUACUUAAAGAGAUAAAAGAUGGCUUAGGAGGAGCUUGGGCCUUUGUUCUUCGUGAUGUAAUUUAUACCCUGAUUCACCACAUCACCAACAGACCCAUUGCUGUCAGGGAUGUAUCCAUGCGCAGCUUUUCACUCUGUUGUGACCUUCUAAACCGUGUCUGCCAUGCAGCAGUCACGUAUUGUAAGGAUGCCCUAGAGAGUCAUCUUCAUGUUAUUGUAGGCACGCUAAUUCCCCUUGUUGGUGACCAACCUGAGAUUCAGGAACAGGUCCUAGAUUUGUUGAAGUACCUAGUGAUAGAUAACAAGGAUAAUGAAAACCUGUACCAAACAAUCAAGCAUCUAGAUCCUUUUCCUGAGCAUCCAGUUUUUAAAGAUUUGUGCACUACUCAACAAAAGAUCAAAUAUAGUAAAGGACCAUAUUCACUUUUGGAGGAAAUUAACCAUUUCCUGUCAGUAAGCGUCUGUGACUCGCUGCCAUUGACAAGACUUGAAGGAUUACGUGACUUACGCAAACAGCUGGAACAACAUAAAGAUCGGAUGAGGGACCUUAUAAAAGACUUCCAAGAGAAUCCAGUGAAUUAUGUAAUUGUGAAGUUGGUAGUGAGCUUGCUACAAAUAUCCAAGAUGGCAAUUAACCACCCAGGUGAAAAGGCAGUUCUAGAGGCUGUUGGAAGUUGCUUGGGAGAAGUGGGUCCUAUUGACUUCUCAACCAUAGCUCUUCAGCAUAGUAAAAAUGUAUCAUAUUCUAAGGCAACUGAUUUAUUUGAAGAUAGAAAACUUCAGUUGGUAUUCAUAAUGCUGACUCAAAUAAAUAAUGCCUUGAUUGAUGUUUGUAUUAAUGUUCGCUCUGCUGCUGCUUCCUGUUUGAAAAACAUUUUAGCGACAAAGACUGGUAACAAAUUUUGGGAGGCUUACAAAGACAAAGCUGAUCCCAUGUUAAUAUAUCUACAUCCUUUCAGAAUGUCCAGGAAGAAGUUUUUGGAAGUGCCAGACACUGAAAAAGAGACUCCUUCAGAAGCCACAGAUGAUGCAAAUCUGUGGAUUCCUCAGGGUGUAAGUCAUGAGACUUGGAUAAAGAACCUGACUUGUUCAUUGCUGAAUGGUGGAGGAGUGAAAGACGAAGUUCUUCUGUUACUAAAGCCAAUGUGUGAGGUGAAAACAGACUUCUGUCAGACUUUGCUUCCGUAUUUGAUUCAUGAUAUCCUGCUUCAUGAUUCAAAUGAAUCUUGGCGCAACCUUCUAUCUGUACAUAUCCAGAGGUUUUUCACAACCUGUUGCAGAUGUGUGUCAUCCUCUAGUAGAUCAACGACACCUGCAAAUUCAGAUUCAGAACCAGAAUCCCUUGUUCGUAGAAGUUUGGAUAAAAUAUCUCAGCGAACAAUGCUUACUGUUGUUGACCACCUGAGAAGACAAAAAAGAUCUCUUUCAGGUACCAUUUUUGAUGACAGCUUCUGGUUGGAUCUAAAUUAUCUUGAGGUUGCCAUGGCAGCACAGUCUUGUUCUGCUCACUUCACAGCCUUACUCUAUGCAGAAAUCUAUGCAGACAAGAUAAACACAGACAAACAACAACAAAGAUCAGCUUUGAAAGCUUCCAAAAAUUUAAUGUUUGAAGAAGGAAGUCAAGAUCCAACUAUUGCCCGUUUGAGUGAGAAAAGUAGAGAAGAAACUGGAAUAAGUUUACAGGAUCUUCUCAUGGAAAUAUACAGAAGUAUAGGAGAGCCUGAUAGUCUCUAUGGCUGUGGGGGAGGAAGAAUAUUACAGCCUUUAGCCAGGAUAAGAACAUAUGAGCAUGAGGCCGCAUGGGGAAAGGCCCUUUUAACAUAUGACCUUGAGGCAAGCCUCCCUUCGUCUGUGUGCCAAGCAGGAAUAAUAGAGGCCUUGCAGAAUUUUGGACUUUGUCAUACGCUUGCCACCUAUUUAAAAGGAUUGGAGCAUGAAAACACAGAGUGGUGUGCAGAACUAGAGGAGAUUCGCUACCAGGCAGCUUGGAGGAACAUGCAGUGGGGCCACAUCCCUUCAGUCAAAGAUGAGGCAAAAGGACCAAGUUACCAUGAAUUGUUGUAUGAUGCUCUGCAGUCUUUAAGAGAUAGAGAAUUCUCUACUUUCUAUGACUGUCUUAAGGAAGCCAGGGUGAAGGAAGUAGAGGAGCUGUGUAAAGGCAGUCUUGAGUCUGUAUAUUCAUUAUAUCCAACACUGUGUAGAUUACAGGCAGUUGGAGAACUGGAAAACAUAGGACAGAUUUUCUCCAGAUCUGUUACUAACCAGCAACUUGCUGAGAUUUAUCUGAAGUGGCAGCGACACUCCCAGCUUCUUAAGGACAGUGACUUCUGUUUCCAGGAACCUGUCUUGGCUUUACGCACUGUAAUUCUAGAGGUCCUACUUGAGAAGGAAACAGAGAAUUGCAAAAGAGAAUGCAUCAAAGAUAUUCUCACCAAACAUUUAGUGGAGCUGUCCAAAUUGGCACGAACUGCAAAAAACACUCAGCUUCCUGAAAGAGCAAUGUUUCGGAUCAAACAGUGCAAUCCAGCUAGGUAUGGAGUCUCUGAGUGGCAACUGGAGGAAGCUCAGGUUUUCUGGGCCAAAAAAGAAGAAAGCCUUGCAUUGAGUGUUCUCAAGGACAUGAUCAAAAAAUUAGACACAGACUGGUUCCAGGUUGAGAAUGAUCCACGCCUAAGACUUAUGUAUACAGAGUGUGUGAGGUUAUGUGGUAACUGGUUGGCAGAAACAUGCUUAGAAAACCCUACUGUUAUCAUGCAGAAAUACUUAGAAAAGGCAGUGGAAGUUGCUGCAGGCCAGAGUGGAGACAGCAGUGAUGAGCUAAAGUGUGGAAAAAUGAAGGCGUUCCUCUCUUUGGCUCGUUUCUCUGAUACUCAGUACCAAAGAAUUGAAAACUACAUGAAAUCCUCAGAGUUCGAAAAUAAGCAAGCGUUGCUGAAGGCGGCCAAGGAGGAGGUUGGCCUCAUAAGGGAAUGUAAAGUUCAGACAAACAGAUACACAGUGAAGGUUCAGCGAGAGCUGGAACUCGAUGAAUGUGCAAUUAAUGCACUGAAAGAGGAUUGCAGACGCUUUUUGUGCAAAGCCAUAGAGAACUACAUCAGCUGCUUACUGAGUGGAGAAGAACAUGACAUGUGGAUCUUCCGCCUCUGCUCGCUCUGGCUUGAGAACUCUGGAGUCCCUGAAGUCAAUGGGAUGAUGAAGAAAAAUGCAAAAAAGAUUCCUUCAUACAAGUUUCUUCCUCUGAUGUACCAACUGGCUGCUCGAAUGGGAACUAAGAAGAUGGGUGGUCUAGGAUUCCAUGAAGUUCUGAAUAAUCUAAUAUCUAGCAUUUCACUGGAUCACCCGCAUCACACUUUGUUCAUAAUAUUGGCUCUGGCAAAUGCCAAGAAGGAUGAACUUCUGACAAAACCAGAGACAAGAAGAAGCAGUGCAUUAGUAAAAAAUGCACCGAAAGAAAUCUCCCCACUUGACAUGGAUCGUAUGGAGGCUGCUAACAACAUCAUUAAUAUCAUAAAAAGUAGGAAGGCUUCUAUGGUCAGAGGUGUUGAGGCACUUUGUGAUGCUUACAUCACAUUGGCAAAUUUAGAUGCUACUCCGUGGAAAUCUCAAAGAAAAGGCAUCAGUAUUCCAGCUGAGCAGCCUAUUACUAAACUAAAGAACUUGGAGGAUGUAGUUGUUCCCACCAUGGAAAUUAAGGUGGAUCCCACAGGGAAAUAUGAAAAUUUGGUGACAAUAAGGUCAUUCAAGCCAGAAUUUCGCUUAGCAGGAGGCCUGAACCUGCCUAAAAUAAUUGAUUGCAUAGGCUCAGAUGGAAAAGAGAGAAGGCAGCUGGUCAAGGGCCGGGAUGAUCUGAGACAGGAUGCUGUUAUGCAGCAGGUUUUCCAGAUGUGUAAUAUGCUACUUCAGCAAAACACUGAAACCAGAAAGAGAAAGCUAACCAUCCGAAGAUACAAGGUUGUUCCCCUUUCUCAGAGAAGCGGAGUCCUUGAGUGGUGCUCAGGGACGACUCCCAUUGGCGAGUUCCUUGUGAAUCCUCAAGAAGGAGCUCACAGUAGAUACAGGCCAAAAGACUACAGUAGUCUUCAAGCUCACAAGGCUAUGAUGGAUGCCCAAAAAAAGCAUUUUGAGGAGAAGUAUAUCGUCUUUAUGGACAUCUGCAAGAAUUUUCAACCUGUGUUUCGCUACUUCUGCAUGGAAAAAUUCCUGGACCCAGCUGUUUGGUUUGAGAAGCGAUUGGCUUAUACUCGCAGUGUUGCUACAUCCUCUAUUGUUGGCUAUAUACUGGGACUUGGAGACAGACAUGUUCAGAAUAUCUUGAUUGAUGAGCAAACUGCAGAACUUGUACACAUAGAUCUGGGAGUUGCUUUUGAGCAAGGUAAAAUCCUUCCUACACCAGAAACAGUUCCUUUUAGAUUAACGAGAGACAUUGUGGAUGGAAUGGGCAUCACUGGCGUGGAGGGAGUCUUCAGAAGGUGCUGUGAGAAAACGAUGGCUGUGAUGAGAAAUUCGCAAGAAGCUUUGCUAACUAUUGUAGAGGUACUGCUGUAUGACCCCCUCUUUGACUGGACCAUGAAUCCUCUGAAAGCACUGUAUUUGCAACAGAGACCAGAGGAUAAGGCUGACAUCCGUACCACUCUAAACGUUGAUCAUCAGCAGUGUAACAGAAAAGCCAAUGAUCAGAGUUUUAACAAAGUGGCAGAACGUGUCCUGAUGAGGCUUCAGGAGAAACUGAAAGGUGUAGAAGAAGGGAUAGUGCUCAGUGUGGGAGGACAGGUGAACCUUCUAAUACAACAGGCCAUGGACCCCAAAAACCUCAGCCGACUCUAUCCGGGGUGGAAACCUUGGGUAUGAUCUGGAAGUAUCCACUAAGUUGUAGAGCAAAUAAGCC